GUCCCCAGCAGGUAGGUUUUUUUGGUGGGGGUCCCAGCAGGUGCCAGCAGGCAGGAGCCACGUGUCCCAUCUCAGGGGGGGUCCACCAGUUUUGGGGACCUCCAGCAGACCCAGGUGGGGAACCCCGGGACCCCCAGAGUGGGGAGAGUGGAGAGGGAUGAUACUGGAGCUGGGUGAGCCCCAGCAGCCUGGGGAGGGGGGGAGCACAGAGAUAGGAGAACCCUGGGACAUGUGGCAUCCAGGAGAGGAGAAACUCUGGAGGGGGGGACCUCUGGGAUACUGAAACUGGAGCCUGGAGAGAGAGGACCCCCAGCAGCCUGGAGAGGGUGAGACCCAGGAGAGGGGGAACCCCUGGGAAUCCAGCACCCAGAAUCAGAGAGCGAAGGGAGAAUGGACCCCUUGACCCCCAAAGCCCCCGGCAUCCCUAAGCAGGACCAUGGAGCGGGAGGAACUCCAGGACCCCAAAGUGAGGAGUCUGGAGAGGAGACACUCCUGGGAUUCCCAAGGCCACUGGCAGCCUGGAGGGGGCAGAGAUCCCGGAGAAGGGUGACCCCCAAUACACAUGGCACCACAAGCAGCCUGGACAGGGGGACCCCCAGAACCCCAAAGUGGAGAGACUAGAGAGGGGGAACUCCUGGGAGGGUUUUUUGGGGCUGAAUCUUCAUGUUUUGGAGGGGUUUAUGGAUACCAUUCCAGGAGGAAUCCCCAACCCAAUGUGCUCACACCCAAAACCUGUUUUGGGUUUUUUCCCACCAAAACAGGAUUUCUGAUUCCCAAACCUUGGUUGGAUGGAGGAGGAGGCUGUGAGGAAGAUGCCCCAGGACACCCAGGCAGGCCCCGAGCUGAGGACGGAGAGCCCGGAGGACAAAUCCCCCCAGCAGAGCCUGGUGGGAGAGGCCGUUUUGAAGGGCUCCACGGCACAGAAAGGCAGCGGGGAGGAAAAACCACAGAGAUACCCAACAAGGAGGGGCUCCAAAGCCAGCCCAGGGUGCUCCCAGGAGGAAAGACCCAGCCUGUGCCGGGAAGGCGGCUGGAGCUUGAGCCGGAGCUCCGACCUGGUGGUCCUUGAGCAGCCUCCCAGCAGGGAGAAGCCCUUCAGGUGCUUGGAAUGUGGGAAGAAUUUCAGUCACAAUUGCAACCUGAUCCGCCACCAGAUGAUCCACAGGGGAAAACGGCCCUACAAGUGCUUGAAAUGUGGGAAGAGCUUCAGAAAGAGCUCCAACCUGAUCAGCCACCAGAAGAUCCAUACUGUGGAGAAGACCUACAAGUGCUUGGAAUGCAGGAAGAGCUUCAGCCACAGAUCUAAACUGGUUCGCCACCAGAGCAUCCACACUAGGGAGAAGCCCUACAAGUGCUUGGAAUGUGGGAAGAGCGUCAGCCACAGUUCCAGCCUGAUCCGCCACCAGAUGAUCCACACGGGGGAACGGCCCUACAAGUGCUUGGAAUGUGAGAAGAGCUUCAGAGACAGCUCCACCCUGCUCCGCCAUCAGCAGAUCCACACCAGGGAGAAGCCUUACAGGUCCUUGGAACGCGGGAAGAGUUUCCACAGCUCUGAACUGGUUCGCCACCAGAGCAUCCACACUGGAGAAAAGCCCUACAAGUGCUUGGAAUGUGGGAAGAGCGUCAGCCACAGUUCCAGCCUGAUCCGCCACCAGAUGAUCCACACGGGGGAACGGCCCUACAAGUGCUUGGAAUGUGGGAAGAGCUUCAGAGACAGCUCCACCCUGCUCCGCCAUCAGCAGAUCCACACCAGGGAGAAGCCUUACAAGUCCUUGAAAUGCAGGAAGAGCUUCAGCCACAACUGGUGACCCACUGGAGUGCUGAGGCCUGAACAACAGGCCCUGAGCCAAGGUUGACCUUUAGAUGAACCUUUCAACCUAACGUUGUAUUAAGUCAUGUAUCCGCUUAUCAACAAAAUCUAUGUAUGCUUGUUAGUAAAGUAGGUACUGUGAUAAGACUACACCUGUGUAAAUAUGUGUGCUUAUUAGUAAGGUAUAUUUUUGUUCUCUCAUUAGUGAAUAACAUUUGUAUCUGUUCAUUAAUGAAAUAUGUAUGAUUGUCAGCAAAAUAUGAGUAUAUUUAUCUUUCUGUAUUUAGAGACUAGUCAAGGCCAUGGAAGUAGAUCCCUGGCCUUGUUUGGCAGCAGAUGGUGCAGGAUGACUCCCUUGGUUUUCCCCUGAAGCCCUGGCCAGGCUUUGGGUGAAACCCAAGGAGAGAAGGAAGCCAGAUGUUUUCCACACUAGUGGUUAUGUAAGUUUGUUUGUUCAACAGUAUAAAAGCUGGACCCUCUCACAGCAAAGAUAGAGACCUCCACUAUGAUUGGAUGACCUGCAUAGGACUUCCCAGAUCCCGAGAGGGGUUCUCUGACCCUUUGCUGUGACCGGGGUUCCCCAGGUGACCUGCAGGUCUGGAUGCUGGUAAUGUAUCAGGGUAACUGGUGAUUUCUUAGUGACUGUAGGCAGUCUUUGUAGUAACGAUUAGGUGCAUUACUGAGCUUAUCUUUUUGCAAUUCUUUGCUGUUUUGCAUUAAAGUAACAUUACGCACUUGUUCCUUAA